CCAUGCAGAUGGAUCAGUAAAGUUUUGGGAUGCCUCUGCCAUUACACUACAGAUGUUGUACAAAUUAAAAACAUCAAAAGUCUUUGAAAAACAGAAACUGGGAGAAGGAAAAGCAACAGCUGAGAUUGUGGAAGAAGAUCCUUUUGCUGUUCAGAUGAUGUACUGGUGUCCUGAAAGCCGAAUUUUCUGUGUGGCAGGAGUUUCUGCGUAUGUGGUUGUUUACAGGUUCAGCAAACAUGAAGUAAAUACUGAAAUUGCAUCAUUAGAGGUACGACUUCAGUAUGAAGUAGAGGAUAUCAUUACUCCUGAACCGGAAAUAAUUCCUCCAUUUCCAGAUGCCUCUUCCCAGCUCCCUUCUUUAAAGAGCCUUUCAGGCAGUACCAACACUGUGGCAUGUGAAGGAACGAUGAAGGAUAGUAUCCCAUGUCUUAGUGUUAAGACUCGACCUGUGCGAAUGCCUCCUGGAUACCAAGCAGACCUCGUUAUCCAGUUGGUGUGGGUGGAUGGUGAGCCUCCACAACAGAUUACCAGUCUUGCUGUAAACUCUGCUUAUGGACUAGUGGCAUUUGGAAACUGCAAUGGUUUGGCCGUUGUGGACUUUAUGCAGAAGACAGUACUGCUGAGCAUGGGCACCGUCGACCUCUAUGGAUCAAGCGAUCCAUACCAGCGCCAACCCCGUUCACCUCGCAAAAGCAAGCAGUUUGCUGCAGACAACUUUUGCAUGCGUGGCCUGUCUAACUUUUAUCCAGAUUUAACGAAACGGAUCCGUACUUCCUAUCAGAGCCUGACUGAACUCAGUGACAGUCCAGUUUCCCUGGAGCUAGAGCGUUGCAAGUCUCCCACUUCAGAUCACGUGAACGGUCACUGUACGAGCCCAACGUCCCAGAGCUGCGGUUCAGGAAAACGACUUUCCAGUGCGGACGUCUCAAAAGCAAACCGACGCGGGCCUGGGAGGCCGCCCUUCAGAAAAGCACAGUCUGCAGCCUGCAUGGAGAUUUCUCUCCCGGUCACCACAGAAGAAAAUAGGGAAAACUCCUUCAGUCGUUCCCGAAGCUCCAGCGUGUCCAGUAUCGACAGGGACUCCAAGGAGGCAAUUACUGCUCUGUACUUCAUGGAGUCCUUUGCCCGAAAGAAUGACACCGCGGUCUCCCCCUGCCUCUGGGUCGGAACGGGCCUCGGUAUGGUCUUAAUCCUCUCCCUUAACCUGCCCGCUAGUGACGACUUACGGCAGUCAGAGCCAGUCAUGGUGUCGCCGAGCGGCACCGUUCUGACCCUGAAAGGGGCCGUGCUGACCUUCGCCUGCUUGGACUGCGUGGGGACGUUGACACACCCGCCGUAUGAAGUAUGGAGGGACCCACACAGUGCUGAUGACGGUGAAAAAACAAGGAAAAGGAAACUUGUCAUGCAUUCCCCUUCCUCCUCCCAGGAUAUGGGUGAUCAUCAAUUUGCAGUCAUUUGUUCAGAAAAACAAGCCAAAGUCUUCUCAUUGCCUUCCCAAACAUGUCUUUAUGUCCACAACAUCACCGAAACGUCCUUUUUAUUGCGAGCAGAUGUGGUCACCCUCUGUAACAGCGUCUGUCUGGCGUGCUUUUGUGCCAAUGGGCACAUCAUGACACUGAGCUUGCCCAGCCUUCGCCCGCUGCUGGACGUCAACUACUUGCCUGUGACAGACAUGAGGAUAGCGCGGACCUUUUGCUUCACUAACGAAGGGCAAGCUUUGUACCUCAGCUCUCCCACCGAGAUCCAGCGCCUGACGUACAGCCAGGAGAUGUGUGACAACCUCCAG